UAGAACACCUGAGGAGAGCGUGUACAUGAAAGCCCCCAUUCAGGUUCGACACAAAGCUGUUGUGCUGCCACAUGACAGCACAAACUUUAGAAAUCACUGUCUUGUUUGUGCAUGUCCUAAAUAUACAUAGUGUAGCUAUUGUGGCCUCAAAUACAAUGAAUCAAUACUACAUUUUAUUACAGUCUACAUCCAUAUUCAUUUGAGUUCACAAGUUAUUCCUCUUAUGUACCCUAGUAAGAAUCUAUGACAAGUCGGUCCUUGCUUGUCUGCAAGUCUCCGUGUCCCUUAUUUUCAGCAUUCACACAGGUAUGGGGUAAUGAGUUGUGAAACUGUCGUUACAAGCCACAAAGAAAGCAUCAUAAAAGCCCUGCGUUGAUGGAAGGUCUGACUAAGAGGCCAGGUGAAGGGAAGGGGGCGCAGAAAUUUAAGUUUCUAACGACCCCGAUGUCUUUUCAAAGCUUAGGUUACUUGUUUCCCUCGCGUUAUCUGGCAACCCUGACCAAACUGCGACAGCGCCAAUGGCAGCAAAACAUAACUGUGAAGAGGAUGACAGCAAUAAGGAUUUAAUAGUUUGAUUUUGCCUGCCCACAGAGGGGAGACCGUGUUACUUGGGCUCUAAACAAAGAGCCUGUAGCGCUUUAGUCCGGCAUUGAGUAUGAUUCCCUGGUUGCGGUGGAGGUGAAGAGGCAUGGGGUGGAAAUCUGAGGUGUCAAGACGAACGUGAUGACAGUAUGGUCGAUGGUGGAGAAGCUCAAAAUGGAAAAACGCCCAUGGAGGGAGGAGAACAUUGACUCAAGCGAGGCCCAGCAUGCCACUGACGAUUCAGAGGAUGGAAGCAGCUCAGAAAGUGAAUCAGAAGAGCAGCAGUGCCACAGGGUUCAGGUGAGCAGCAGUAGGUGUAAAAAGAGGGAACCCUUGGCUGUCACAAAACCCCACCGACAGCUCUGUCGCUCUCCAUGCCUUGACCGGCCCAGUUUUUCCCAGAGUAGCACUGUGCAAGAUGUUCGUGAGGAUGAGACCAGCGUGGGACCAGGGAUAAAACAUUCCAGUGACCGGGAGUACCAGACGAAGAUGGAAUUUGCUUUGAAGUUGGGCUAUUCGGGAGAGCAGGUGGAGACGGUGCUUAACAAGUUGGGGGCUGCUGCACUUAUUAACGACGUUCUUGCUGAGUUGGUAAGGCUUGGAAACAAAGUGGAGCCUGAAAUUCAACCUGGCAGCAGUACGGCCACAUCAAUAUCGCGGUCCCCCUGUGUUAAAGAGACUGUUAGUCCAGAGGUGUCAGUGGAAGAUGACCCUGUGGAUACCCAUGAUAACCUCAGGCCCAUCGUCAUUGAUGGCUCAAAUGUGGCAAUGAGCCAUGGAAACAAAGAGGUAUUCUCUUGCCGUGGUAUCCAACUUGCUGUUGAAUGGUUCUUGGAGAAAGGACACAAAGACAUCACUGUGUUUGUCCCAGCCUGGAGAAAGGAACAGUCGAGGCCUGACGCCCUCAUCACAGAUCAAGAAAUAUUACGCAAGCUGGAAAAAGAAAAGAUCCUGGUUUUCACCCCAUCUCGGCGAGUUCAGGGCAGGAGAGUGGUGUGCUAUGAUGAUCGCUUCAUAGUGAAGCUGGCUUAUGAUUCUGAUGGAAUUAUUGUGUCAAAUGACAACUACAGGGACUUGCAAAAUGAGAAGCCAGAGUGGAAGAAGUUCAUAGAGGAACGUCUCCUAAUGUACUCAUUUGUCAAUGACAAGUUUAUGCCGCCUGAUGAUCCAUUGGGAAGACAUGGUCCAAGCUUAGAAAAUUUCCUCCGCAAGCGUCCUGUUGUUCCAGAGCACAAGAAACAACCAUGCCCCUAUGGGAAAAAGUGCACAUAUGGACACAAAUGCAAGUACUAUCAUCCAGAGCGCGUCAACCAGCCUCAGCGGUCGGUGGCUGAUGAACUACGGGCCUUUGCCAAAUUGUCUGCAGUGAAGACGAUGAGCGAGGGGGCUUUAGUUAAAUGUGGUACUGGUCCAGCAACUGUCAAGGGGGACAGCAACUCGGAGGCCAAACGUGUGGGACCCAAACGUCAGUCUGACCCCAGUAUUCGCUCUGUGGCCUGUGAACCUCCAGAGGCACUGUCCGUUAUGAGGAAGUCUGAGACAAAUUCAGUGCCUUCCCUUGUGUCCGCUCUCAGUGUGCCCACCAUGCAGCCUCCCAAGAGCCACGCAGCUGGGGCCUUGAACACACGAUCAGCCAGCAGCCCAGUUCCAGGUUCUAUGCAGUUCGCACACAGUUCUCUGGAGCACAUGUCUAGUGUACAGUACCCUCCUAUCUUAGUUACUAAUAGUCAUGGCGCCUCUGUUACAUACAGUGAACAGUUCCCAAAGUAUGACUCAGUUAGCGACCAUGGCUAUUAUUCACUGCACAGUGAUUUUUCAAAUAUGAGCAUGAGCAGCAUGCAUAAUGUCGACAGUUUCUGUAGCAUGGAGCACGAGCAUGGUGUGUAUCAGAGAAAUCCCAGCCACUGCCCUGAGUCCUGCCUCAGCCAUUCAAACAGUGACUCGUUCUCCUCUUAUGGGGACCUCUACCCAAGCUCUGUGGACAGUAGCUUAGAGGAGAGCAUGAAGGGGCAGCAGCAGUCUCCCGCACAGGGUAGGAUGCAGACUUUCUCCCAUGGGUUUCGUCAUGAAGCACUGACCAGGGUACAGAGUUAUGGACCAGAGGAACCCAAGCAGGGCCCCCGAAAGCAGUCUGGAGCUCAUCUAGCGCCACAUAUCCAGCAUGUUGCAGUGGGAGCAAGGUCCAGCUGUCCUGGAGACUAUCCCCUAACUCAGAAUGUCCUCCCACCUUUAUCCUCACAGCCCACACGGUCUCUUGGUAUGACUCGUAUGGACAGCAUAUCGGAUUCAAGGCUAUAUGAUAGCAACCCAAUGAGACAGAGGCGACCUCCACUGUGCCGUGAGCAGCAUGCAAGCUGGGACCCUUUGCCUUGUGGUAAUGAGUCCUAUGGGUAUCAUUCAUAUCCAUUGAGUAACAGCCUGAUGCCAUGUUGUGAGCGGGUGAUGGUGCGCAGCAUGCCAGACAAAAUGGAGCAAAUCUGGAACUCUCCAUGGGAGAUGCCAUCUGCAGCUGAACACCAAGAGCGGUAUGUCAUCCCAGACCACCAGUAUCAAACAUAUCGGAACCUUUGUAACAUCUUCCCUGCUUAUGUAGUCCACUCAGUAAUGGAGAAGAACCCUCAUUUGACAGAUCCACAACAACUUGCGGCUGUCAUUGUUACAAAACUGAGGUCAUGCCAUUGAGCAGUUAAUCUUGUUAAACAUUCAAAAGUGGUAUGAUAAGGGAAAUACAGAUUUUGAUUGCAAAGAUAGGCACUUGUUAAAUGUUGCUAAAGCUGCAACAUCUGCCCUCAGGAGUUUUUAAAAAAAGGUGGGGAAUCUGGCAAUCAGAUUUUUCUUCACUAAAAUGACAGAAUCAGCAUAGAGUAAGUUUGUCUAAUAAGUUUGUCUCAAAUUGUAAGCUGUUUCGAAUAUGAAAGCUACGUUUUUAUAUGGAGUGUGGUGCAGUUUAUAUGAGGUAACACCUUAUUAGAAAUCUGGUUCAUAACACAUUCAUACUACCUGAGCAGGAGCUGCAUAGCAGCUUUGUACCAUAUCCAUGAUUAACUGAACAUUUGUUCAUCAUUAAUUCUAGAAAUAUAUAUUGAAUAGUCAGCUAACAUUUGGCAGGACUGUUCAAUGUCCCUUAGAUCAAUUCUGAAUGUGUUCCUGUUGAUUUAAUUGGUUACAUGAUAUAAAAAAUGAUGUAUGGCUGCCCAAAGUGUCAAAACUAAACAAAUACGUAAUAACAAUCUCAGGAAUAAAUUGUGUAAAAUAUAUAAAUGAAACAAUAAUCUGUGAAACAAUUUUUCAAGUAUUUUUAGCUACUCAACUCACUUAUGAAAUGCAGUUUCAUCAUUCUUUAUUUUUAUAGUUUUAUAGAAGUUUUUAUUUUAUUCCAUACUGGUGUUUUUCCCAAUGACACCACAUUUCCUGCUACUAGUAACAUAAUGUCACUUGUCAUGACAGUGGUUUUAGUUUAUUUGUUUAGCACGUUUGGUACAAGUCCAGAACAAUGCAAGGAGGGAACGAAGCCAGACUAGGCUUGUACAGAGUUCCACUCCUUUUCCCAUAUUAAGUCACGAGAUAUGCAGACUAAGCAUCAAAGUAGAAGAAAAAAGAACAACAACAAAAAACAGAACACACAAGGAAAAAAAAAAUGAAAAUAAAAAUAAACAACAAGCGAUAGAAAGCAAUUCAAUACAAACCAACAAUACUUAGAAAAAAAAACUACAUAAAGGCAUCAAGCUAGCAGUAGUAAACUCUUCAAAUGCUUUUUAAAAGCUGAAUAAGAGGACAUUGAUCGCAACGAUGGACUUAAGUCACUCCAGAGCUUAGGACCUCUAAAAGAAAUAUUAAAUUGAUGUCUUGUAGUUCGUGUGAUUGGUAAGACUAAGUUAUUAUUACUAUGUCUAGUGUGAAAUGAAUGAACAUGUGAGAUAGGAAUAAACAAAUUCUGGAAAGAGUCUGGUAGAUCUUGUUUCCUAUAUAUAAACUUAUGCAUAAGUAAACAUAUUUGAUAAAUAUUUACCUUAUCAAUAGGGAGAACUUUAAAUUUAUUAUAAAGAGGGGCCGAAGGAGCGUAUCUAUUUGAAUGUGAAAUAAAUCUGAGAUAUUUUUUCUGUAUAACUAAUAAUUUCUUAAGGUGGGUAGGAUAAGUAGCUGCCCAAACAAUGUUGCAAUAAUUAAUAAAUGGAAACAAAAAACUAUAAUAUAAGGUUAAAAAUGCUGAUGAAUGAACCAAAGGACAAACCCUCCUCAAUAUGCCCAACAUUUUAGCUGACCUCUUAGAUACAAAAUUGAUAUGGUUAGACCAAUUAAGACCACUAUCUAUAAUGACUCCUAAAAAUCUGGUAUGCUGAACCAAUUCGAUUUGAGUAUUAUUUAUGAAGAUCUUAGAUAAUUCAAUUGGGUAAUGUUUGUGAGUAUUACAAAAAAUCAUAAAGUUACAUUUUUUUAUAUUAAGAGUAAGUUUGUUCCAUUGAAACCAUUCCAUAAUAUAUGAUAGUUCCUCGUUAACCAUUUUUAUUAGAAUAUUGAAGUCAUGGUGCGAAGCUACAAGAUUUGUAUCAUCAGCGAAUAGAACUGGGAGGAGUUUAGUACAAGUCAUAGGCAUAUCAUUAAUAUAAAUUAAAAAUAAAAGAGGCCCCAAAAUUGAUCCUUGAGGGACCCCAAUCUUAAUUUGUGACUUCAUUGAUUCAUAGCCUUCCAGGUAAACAUAUUGCUCUCUAUUAGCUAAGUAGCUUCUAAACCAUCUCAAGGCAACAUCCUUCACUCCGUAUCUACUAAGUUUAGCAAUCAAGAUAUUGUGACUGACCGUAUCAAAUGCUUUACUCAAGUCCAGAAAGACUCCAAGAGCAUAUUUUUAUUGUCAAGAGCUGAAGAAAUAUAGUUUACGAGUUGAAUAAGGGCAUGCUCAGUAGAGUGUCGCUUCCGAAAACCAUAUUGAUGUUUGUAUAAAAUAUUAUUAGCAUCCAGGUGAUUAAAUAAUCUCAAAUAGACAAGUCUUUCUAAAAUUUUCGAUAUACACGGGAGAAUUGAUAUUGGCCUGUAAUUACUAAAAUCCUUGGAGUCACCGGUCUUGAAAAUUGGUAUAACCCUAGCAAUCUUCAAAUUUUGAGGGACAAUUCCAGUUCUCAGAGACAGUGAGAGAAUGAAUAAUUAGGUAAGGGGAAUAAAGAAAAUACAUCAUCAGUCAGCCAAGUCUCAGAAAAAGCCAAUACUGAAUAGGAAAAACUUAAGGUAGACAGUAAAAUUCUUAAUUCGUCAUGAUUUUUAGACAUACUACGAAUAUUCAAAUGGAAAGUAGAGAAAAAAUUAUUAGAAGAUUUUAUAGUUUGAUACAGUGAGUUUACUUGUCCUUCAGAGUAAUAGUUACAAGACAGUUUUAAUAAUUUUAAAUUAGAUUGAUUUACAUCAGGAUUAAGGAAACUAUCGUAAAUGCCACAACUGUCUAUAUUCUGCUCAAACGGAUUAAAAAUAAGAGAGUUCUCUUCAGAGAUGGGCAAGUCGAUAGAAGCCAUAAAAAUUUAACUGGCAAAAAAGUCGACACAGACUCACGUGAAAAAAACUGACUGCCUCCAAGUUGAAGUUGUCACCGCUCUCAGACCUUACAGCCAGUCACAUGCCCCACCCUCUCCGAAGCAAGCAAGCUUAAUAACUGCCACCAGAUUUAGCCAGUUAGCACCUGUUAGCUACAGCAACAGGCAUACUGGGCCCUCAUGUGAGGAGGGCCCACAAAGAUACUAAAAUGAAUAGCCGUGGAUGCGGGGAGGCGCACCAUAAAUAAUUCCUAUGCACUGGGGCUGGGCGACUAAUCAAAUUGUAUAUUCAAUAACGAUUUUGGCUUGCAACGAUCAUGAAACAAGAUAAUCGAGACUGUGCCGCAUUCUGUUGCUCUCAAUUUGUCUUGUGUUACAAAUCCAGUGCACCCCUUUCCUUUACAGCGGUGCACUCUCACACCUUCGUAAAAGCCCAAACUCGCUGUUAGAAAGUCCGUGGCCAGUUCAGUCCAUUACCUCAACAAGUCGGAAUACUGCCAUUAUCACAAUGUGAAUUUAAAAAAUAUUUUUAUUUAAUUAUUUUACAAAUUGUUGGUUCAUGUAAUUAAUUUAUAUAUUUUACAUAUUUUAUUCAUUUUUAGUUUCAUAAUUCCUUUUUUAUCUAAUUAAUAUUGAUUACUUUGGGGUUCCAUAAUUGUGAUGGCCCGCUGGAUAACCAUCAUCAUUGAAACCCAACUUUAACAAGAAUCCUAACUAAUGUAGCUAGCUUGUGUAAUACCUUUUGUGAGUCGAUGGGAACUAAGUGGAUCAAUAAACAGGUUAGCUACAUAGCAACACAGUCAAGAUAGGAAGUUAUAACUCAGCAACCUCUCCCACAUUUGCCUUAUUAAAUCUGACAGAAGAGUACACACAUUUGUACACCAUGUAGCUUUUUAUGAAGAUCUUGUUCAGGCCCUGUGAAUGUGUUAUGAAAGGCAUUUAAAGUGUUUCUGGUGCAGUGAAACUAUAAAUAACCUUGCGUAUGUCUGCCUCUGCUGUAUAUAAUUCUUGUGACUUGUUUUUGCAUUUAUUUUGAAGAUAAGAAAGAGGGAGGUAGGUACAUACCUCACAGCAUGAACUAUGACAUUUAAUGGCCUUAUAUCUGAGUGACCUCACGCUUAAGUCAUUGUCUGAUUGGUUUCAAUGAAAGUCUUAGUCAUUGAAGCCUCCUAUUUUCAAAUGUAAAGCACUAUCUCAGUAUCUAGAGAGAUAUAUUUUCUCAGCCUCACUUAACAAAGCUACUAUUUUGGUAGAAUUUGACAGUGCACAAAGCAAGCCAAAAAAGAGAUUUGACUUGUAUACCUGUGCACAUAUCUAUGUACAUAUUAUCACAUAAAAAGCCAUUAUGUCAAAGUCAUUUAUAAGCUGCUAAAUAAUGCCAAAAAAAGAUAGAAUUUAUAUACUGUCAGAAUUCUACAUAACUUUACAUUUUGGUUCACAGAAUCGAUUGGAUUAUAGUAUAAACUAACAUUGUGUUUGGAUAAUUUCCUAUGGUGUACUGUAUAGUUACCUUUCUGAUUUUAUUGGAUGCUACGUCCAGGAUUUUCCUAUUUAUAUAUUUGUCAAAUUUUGUUGUACUGAUUCUUUUCAAUGUGAAAAUAUUCAAAGUAUCUUUGUUUCAAACAGUAGCUCUAAUGGACUCUUUCAAGUUGUCAGUGGAGCAGUUUGUUUUCAGGAGCAGGUUCAUUUUGUUGGACUACUUUAACAUAACUUUAGUCUGAUUCCAAGUUUUCGUCAGUGACCUGAGUCCUGAUGCAUGAAUGAGAAAUGAGAAACCUAGUUUCUUUUAUCAGUUUAAGGCAUUAAAAGAAACUUGGUUUAUACAGGUACCAUCACUCUAGCAGUAAUCCAACAGGAUUAAAUGUAUGGCCAUGCAUCAUUGCAUCUGGAAUAAUUACAUCCAAAGUCCAGUCUAUGCUGAACAAACCUAGUGAUUUCCCUAUUGUUAAUAUAAACAGUAAGUCAGUAGUUUAAUUUAAACACAUGCACCCAGUAAAACUAUCCGAUGAUAGAGCCCAUCCUCUUGCUUUACUGUCAGUCCAAAUGCUCCAGUCAAAAAAAUGUUAUCAUGGCACUGUCCUAUUAACACGUUUCUUGGAUACCAUAUCGGAUACUCUUAAAAUAUGACUUAACUUGGUUCAAAAUGUGGAGGGGGGAGGGGAGAAAUCUGCUUUCUGACAAAAUACGUGUAAACUGUGGUUUUACAGAAAUCAGACUAUUGCAGUGCAUCUAAACAAGUUUCAUGCCUUAACUUGAUUUUUGACAGUCACCUGGUUUCUUAUGUACAUGUAAACGGAGGAAAGCUUUGAGAAUUAAUUUCAGUGGGCUGUGAUGUGACUUAAGGAAAAGUUGUAGAAAUGUUAAGUGUUUGCACAAGGAAUUCUGCAACAGACUAUUUACCCUAUGUUGCAUUUGUCAGAUAAAAUGCUAAGAAUACAGCUGUAACAGUUAGGUCUGGGAGUGAGUUAAAUAUUGGACUCAUUUUGUGUUAUCUUAUAGGAUGAGGUUUCAAUAAUUGUGUAGUUAAAAAAAAAAAAAAAGUGAAUGCUAGAAAGCAUGUUGAAAUUUGCUGUAUGGCUUGGGGGCUGAAUUGCAUAUACAUGCAGCCAGUCUCCUAGGAUCAUGGAAGGGUUUGGCUGUGCCUUGCAGCACAUUGCUCUCAGGAUGCUUUCAAUUUUCUAAUUUCUCUUGCCCUGCCAAAAACCAGUGGUUACUGGCAAGAGUACUUUGAUCUAGCAGUGAUAUAUUUUGUGAAAAUCCUACAUGUAACAUGUAGUAACUUUUAAGGUUAGUUAUGUACAGUUAUAAUGUAGAGAUGGAAUUGCAAAACUUUGUACUGUUUGUGUAUAUCCUUGUUAUGCACCUGGGUUAAUAGGGUGGCUUUACGUGAUUCAGCUUUAGUCAGAUGAAGCGAUGUUUGUGUCCAUUAAGGUGUGAAGUUCCAAUGCAGCCAAAGACACAAAUGGGCUUUAAAAUCUGCUUAAAGACCAUUUGUUUGUCCAUAUUUUUAUAAUAUGCUGAUUGUCUGACAGUUUUUGAGCCAGUGAUCUUGAUUCGACCUUUACAUUACAUUUGGGGCCUAAGGAUGCUAAUGUUGGAUGCUAAUCAUGACAAUUGGUAUGGCCCCCAGGUCCAUCAGAUCUCUUAUUUACUUAUGGGGCACAUUAGCAUCAGUUUUGCUAAGCACAUUCAUGCUCCUGUGAGGAUUAACUCCCUUGAUUGUAAGGAUCCAUUGCCUUUUCUCUCCCCCCACACCCUCAGGACACAGUGCUAUAUUCAGCCUACAAUUGCAGUGAGGUUGUAACAUGUAAAGCCAACCCUAAUAGCAAGAUCAUGCUUUGAGCGCAUUUAAAGGGAAAUGCCACUUAAUUUCAGGAUUCAUGUAUGUCACCCCUUUGGCUUACUAUUACUGUAGAUUGCAUGACAGGGCAUUACAAAUUUGCAGUAUUUUAUCACAUGCCUCUGAAGGAGAUGAGUCCACCUAAUGUUAAAUAUCAGAUUUGUGUUAAGAUUCAUUGUGAGUCAAAUGACAAAAAUUGAUUAGGGCACAGAUUAUUGUUAUGGUGUUUUAUUAAUAAAUAAUGAAAAACACAGGGAAGUGAUGUUGAGCUCAAACACAAAGUCCAGAAAGUUUGACUGCCACUUGUAGGAAAUCAGAGCGUCAUCAGACUAUGUUUUGAUGACAUCACAGACCCGAAUAUUUGUCCUUUUAAUUUAGGAAAGUGGUCAUGAUUACAAAGAAAAAUGGCGUGAAUUUUUAAACUGAGUGGUAUUACUCUUUAACAGGGCUAACUAUGUGAGCCUGACUUUCUCAUUGGUGGUGCUUAAAAAUAUAUAUAUAUAUUUCUUUAUAAUGUUUAGGUACAACAGUGGUAUAUGAACAGACAUAAAGAAAAAAAACAAACAUUUGAAUGUGUUUUGCCCAAAUGAAUUUUUGGGCUUUGCUGACUUUGUUUUUUCAUGAAAAAAGACUAGGCCACUUUAGGCCAGCUGUCUGUUCAUGAGAAGGUGAAACAAACUGCCUAAAUGUUUCUUCAUGUGAAACAAUCAGAUUGCAAGGCUGCUGUCAAGGUUGUUUCUGGCAUUUGGCUAAAAGUUUGCGUGCAAUCCUUUUUCUUUUAAAUAGUUUAAUUGUCAUAGGUCCCAAAAAAAAGAUUGAAGGUACUGUAUGCUUUGAUAAAAGAAACAACUCUAAAAUUUCAACAAUUGCUGAUGGAUAUACCAAAUCAAGAGCACAAGUGUUUUGACUUCAGUAUGCUAAUGUGGUUAAUAUGGUAUCCUUUUAUGUUUCUUUUUGUGAUAGUGAGAUCCUUCUUUAACCUGAACACUGGAAUAGUCAAUUGCCCUGAUGAACUCGGAGUACGUUUACUUAGGUGUGUUAAGGAAUUAGUAACUGUAAUGUGUGCCGCAAUGCAAAUCUACCAAAAUGAAAAUGGUCAAGGUUCAUUAUAGUGAUUUGUUUUCAUUGUGGGAAUUAUCCUUGACAUCUAUGGCAGCUGAAGCAGUUAAUGAUAAAAUAGAUGUUGUAAACAGUACAGUACAUUAAUGUCAAAUCAGUUUAAACUCAGACAGAUGUUUUUAUUUUGUCAUUAAGAGACUGUUACUCUAUGGUUUGAUAAAGAUGUGCACACAUUUCAUUUUAACUGCUGAUUUUGCACACAAGCUUGUGUGCUAGUGUUUCUGGCACAAUGCCACAUUGCUAGCACUUCUCUGUAAUUAGAUAAAAUGCACUGAAUGUGUGUAUAAUUCUGAAAUAGUAUUGAUGGUAGCUGCCCUUAAGUUUAGACUCUGCUUUCACCGAUUCUGUCUGUACAUUUUCCCCCACGAACCUUAGAGAUAUUUACAAUUUAGUCCCUGUUCCUAAGACUACUUCCAGAAAGAUUCUGUUUUCACUGGGCGAUAGAUUAUUUCCAGUCCAAAAAUAAAACCCUCACUAUCACUACAAACGACUUUCAGUGUAUCAAUCCAGUAUUUUACUGCUUUGCCAAAAGGUUAAACCUAGAGCCAGGAUGGUUGUUCACAGUCCCCACCCUCCCUCUGAGCGCCGCAAACAUCUAAGCCACAAAUGUCUAGAAUUGACUUUUGCUUGUUGAUACAAAUUGUAUCUAUACCUUGAAUGUAACAAAAUAUGAAAUGUAUAAUAUGAAAAUAGUUUUAUUUAAAUAAAGGGGGAAAAUCAAUGCCA